AGACCCAGCCAGUUCAGCACAGCUCCUCCAAACCCCCAACCCAAUCUACAGUUGGGAAAUACAUACAUAUACAUACGAACUCGCCCAAAAUGAGGCCCCUCACCGAACCAGAAACCAAAACUCUCUUCGAGAAACUAGCUUCCUACUGCGGCAAAGGCAUCACAAACCUCAUUGCCGACCCAGCUGGCGGCAAUGACCGCAACGUCUUCCGCGUGCAGGGCUCCCGCGUCUACUACGUCCGCGAAUCCCUCGCCAACCUCGCUACAAGCGUCGCGCGCGACAACCUGCUCUCCCUUGGCAUCUGCCUCGGAAAAUUCACAAAAACCGGCAAGUUCCGCCUCCACAUCACAGCGCUGAGCGUCAUUGCGCCGCACGCGCGGUACAAGGUGUGGGUGAAGCAGAAUGGCGAGAUGCCCUUCUUGUACGGCGGCAAUGUGUUGAAGGCGCAUGUGGGCAGGUGGAGCGAGGAUUGUCCUGAGCAUCAGGGUGUGGUGGUUUUGAGUAUGAAUGAUACGCCGUUGGGAUUCGGUGUGAGUGCGAGGUCGACGGCUGAUGCGAGAAAGUUGGAUCCCACGGGCAUUGUUACGUUUCGACAGGCGGAUAUUGGCGAGUACCUGCGAGAAGAAGAUUCGUUGUUUACGACUUGAGUUUGGUAAGAUGGCCAAAGGGAAAGUUUUUUUAUUCCAUGUUGCUGGGGAGGGGAGAUUGUAGUGGAGGUAAGAGGAAAGAAAAAAAAGACCAAACGCGCAAUGGGAGUUGAAUGCCUGUGUCAAAGGAAACACCAUGCAAGCGCGUAGAAGCUGGAAAAAAGUGCGCAAGCUACAGGAUGGGGGGCUGGCUGGCUUGCAGGAAGAAGAACUCUACAAGAACAAAUGAGAUACCCAAGUCCUU